AUGUCAUCAAAGGGGGUACAUAAAAAGAGCAAGUCAUCCGAUGCUACAAAGAAACUAGCAGAAAAGAUCAAGAAGCAAGCUUUACUAAAGCAAAAACAAUUACAGGAGUCAAAGGAAUCAUCACAUGAAACAGAUGGAGAUAAAGAUGCAAACUCAUCUGUUGCAUCUACCACAGAGACUACCAUUGAUCCCGAUGCUGAGCUAAAAUUCAACACAUUUGCUGAAUUAAACCUAGUUCCAGAUUUGCUUGAAGCUAUUCAGCAAAUGAACUUUGCCAAGCCUACUCCCAUUCAAUCAGAAGCUAUUCCCCAUGCUCUUGAAGGGAAAGAUAUUAUUGGUUUGGCAGUCACUGGUUCGGGUAAAACAGCAGCAUUUGCAAUUCCAAUUUUGCAAGCCCUUUGGCACGCACAGACACCAUAUUUCGGUUUAGUUCUUGCUCCUACUAGAGAAUUAGCAUUUCAGAUCAAAGACACAUUUGACGCUCUUGGGGCCACAAUGGGAUUAAGGUCAGUAUGUAUUGUCGGUGGGAUGGAUAUGAUGGAUCAGGCUAGAGAUUUGAUGAGAAAACCACACAUUAUAGUUGCAACACCGGGAAGAAUUAUGGAUCAUUUGGAACAUACGAAGGGAUUCAGCUUGAAGAAUUUGAAAUAUCUUGUUAUGGACGAAGCUGAUCGAUUGUUGGAUAUGGAUUUUGGACCUGCAUUGGAUAAGAUAUUGAAAGUGAUCCCACCAAAACGCACUACAUACUUGUUUUCGGCAACGAUGACCAACAAGAUUGAAAAAUUACAACGAGCCAGUUUACAUAACCCAGUCAGAGUUGCAGUAUCAACAAAAUAUCAAACUGCUGACAAUUUAGUGCAAUCGAUGAUGUUAGUCAACGAUGGGUACAAGAACACAAUUUUGAUUCAUUUGUUGAAUGAGUUCAUGGGGAAAUCAAUCAUAGUGUUUACAAGGACUGUAGCACAUGCACAAAGAACAGCAUUGUUGGCACGAAUAUUGGGAUUCAAUGCAGUACCCUUACAUGGUCAAUUAUCACAAGCUCAGAGAUUGGGUUCAUUGAACAAAUUUAAAUCUUCAAAAGCCAACAUUUUGGUAGCUACUGAUGUUGCCGCAAGAGGUUUGGAUAUACCUCUGGUUGAUGUUGUCAUAAACUAUGAUAUUCCAACAGAUUCAAAAGCAUACAUCCACAGAGUAGGGAGAACGGCUAGAGCAGGAAGAUCUGGUAAAUCUAUCUCCUUAAUCACACAAUAUGAUUUGGAAAUGUACUUGAGAAUCGAAAAUGCCUUGGGAAAGAAGCUCCCAAAGGAAGAGAAGCCUUCAAAAGAAGUGCUUGAUGCAUUGCACAUUCAUGUAGAUAAAGCAACUGCUGAGGCUAUUAGACAGACGAAGGAGAUCCAUGACAAGAGAGGCAAAAGGAGAAGAGACGAUGAUCGUGAAGAAAGGUGA